AUGCAGGAAAUAUUUUCAAUGUAUUUUGAGAAUCGCCACCGAAUAUCGUGCAUCGAGUUGUAUAUUGAGUUCGAGCAAUUUGAAGCGGACCGAAAUAUUGAAUUGGAAGAUUAUAAUAGUGAUAGCGAGGAGGAUUUUAAAAGUAACUAUGAGAUCAUUGGUCCAGGUGAAGACAAAGAUGGAGCUGACGGCACCAUGAACGCAGAUGUGGCGGAGGUUGCUAAUGCACUAGCAAACUCGCUUCCAUUUCAGGAGCCUUCUUUCAUGCGGUCGUUGGACUUGGAAGCGAUGAAUGCACCGGAGUUUCCACAAUAUAUGAAUGCAGAGCUUCCUGUUGUGGCCGACGGUGAAUUUACGGUAGGGAUGGAAUUCAGUUCAAGGGAGGAAAUAAUCAAGGCAAUGAAAGAUUAUACCAUCCGUAGAGAAGAAGUACUGUUGGGAGAUAAUGAGGUAUAAUGGUAGUCACACUUGUACCAGGUCGACAAUUUCUCAA